AUGGACGCCGCCGAUCAAGCUCCAGGAGUGGGCUUCGUGCUGAAGCACUACCACAAGCCAAUCUUCCCCCCCAACGCUCCUGUUAAGAUAUUUUAUCUCGGCAUCUUUACUAGCCUUACACUUGCUCAAGAGGCAGCCCAGCACGCACUUCAGUGCACCCUGUCCAAGCUUAUCGACCAAGGGUACCACGGUCGCUACUGGAAAGAUGUCGAUCUAGAAUUACGAGGACUGGUUACGGCAUACGGGGAAACUGUGGUAAACGGACAUUUGGCUACGCAGGAGUAUUGUCUGAGUGAGUUCCAUAUGGAAACUAUCGAAGUCUGGGACCCUUCGUGGGACGCCGAAGUACACCGCUCUUCAGAAGACGCAUUGUUCAACAGCUCCUGCAGCGAAUCGUCGAAGAAAAUGCCAGAGUUCAAAUCACAUUUAGUAAACUUGUGUUCCUCACCGAGCCGAAGCUGGCCGUGGUCUACAAAGCCGAUGGUAAGACUGCCAGUCGAGAAACCAAAGCCGGUCGUGUGGCUGCCCAUCGCGCCGAAACCUACAACACCCAAGUCUAGUCCGGCCAGGUACAAACCAUCCUCGCCCACUCCCAUUCCCAAGCAGCCAUCUGUCUCGACGCUCGAACAGACUCUCCAACUGUCGCCAACAGGUGUUCAAUACCCCGAAGAACAACAAGGGACUUGGUCAGGCAGUCGUCCGCCGCUACCCAUGUCUACUUCGCUCCCGCUUCCACGGCUUAUCCUACCGGCUUCUCAGCACGAAGAAGAGCUCUGGCCGGAAUGGUCACGAAGCCGCACAUCAUAG